AUGGCUUCUUGUCCCUGUGUGACCAUCUUUUUCCUGCUAUCUUCCACUUUGACACAGAUUGUCGUUUCAGAUCUUUCUAAAGCAUAUGAUGUCUCUCAAUGGCCUAAGCCUGAAUGUGAAAUGUACUAUCCAGAACCUAAUUUUCCAGCAUACUGUCCUGAUGUUACAUCUUAUAUUUGUGCUACAACUGGCCGCACUUACCAGAAUGAGUGUUUCCUAUGUGUCGAUCAGGCGCCUUUCAACUAA